AUGGAUAAUGUAAAAGAAACUAUUGCUCGGGGGAAGAAGAUAACAAGUUUCAUAUAUAACAGUGACAAAGUAGUGAAUCUGAUGAAGACAUAUACAAAAAAAAGGGAACUGCUACGUCCAGGUAUCACUAGAUUUGCAACUGAAUUCAUUUCUAUGGAAAGUCUUCUUCGGCAUUCUACAGAACUGAAAAGAAUGUGCACCUCAGAUGAAUGGGCAGAGUUUAAUAACACUAUCAAGAGAAAAGCAGAAGCUAUUAAAGUAGCUGAGUUGAUAUUGUCAGAGAAGUUUUGGAAAAAAGUUAGAAAUGUGUGUGCAAUAAUGGAGCCUCUGGUCAAAGUUUUAAAAACUAUUGAUCAAGAUAAUAAGCCAACAUUGCCAAUUAUUUAUGAGGCAAUGGAUAGAGCAAAAAUGGCUAUUCAAAAGUCGGUGAAAUCUUGGAAAACAAUUUGGGAAGUGAUUGAUAAUAGAUGGUACAAUCAACUUCAUCGGGAUUUACAUGCGGCAACAUAUUUUUUGAACCCGAUCCUUCAAUAUUCUGGAACUUGUGAGUUUAAUCUGGAUGAAGUUCGAAAAGGGUUAAAGAACGUCAUUGCAAAGUUGGAGCCAAAUUUAGAUGCACAAGUUGAUUCAAUAAAUGAGAUCAAAAUUUUUGCAGACAAAAAGGGAGGCUUUGGAAGUGCUAUUGUAGCAAAAGCAUUACCAAAAUCUUUACCAGGUUUCAACUUAAUUCAUACUUACAUAAACAUCUAA